ACAGGCUGAUCAGCUCAUUUGAGACUUUCACCUGCUGCUACACCGUGAAGAGAACACACACACGCUUCAGGAUGGCUGCUCCCCGUCUCGCUCUGACUGUGUUUGUGCUGAUGCUGGCGGUCAUCGCUCUGACUGAAGGUUUGCGUGGUACUGGACCGAAGAGAUGCUGCACACGUUUCAAUGAGAAACCCCUGAGUAAAGACCGGGUGGUCAGCUACGUCAGGACCAGCCAGCGCUGCUCUAACCCCGCCGUCUUACUGAAGACCGUGGCAAACCGUCAGCUUUGUGCCAGACCUUCAGACCCCUGGGUGAGGGAGCUCAUCAGCUACCUGGACGCCAAAUCUGUCCCAGGAGAGACAUCCAACCUGUAGUCAUGGCAACAGCAUAUCAGAGCCUCCAAAGAACAAAAUCUGGCCAGUUAAUGUGUCGUGAUGCUGCAACUUUUCAAACUAUAACUUCUAAAUAAGCACUGACUACUAAUGUUACUCUCUCCACCACAAGGUCUGCAUGGGGCAACCAUUAGAUAAACAGCAGCUUUCUGUCUAUCUCUAUGCAAAAUAUAUACUAGGUAUUAUUUAGUGGCAUAUUUACAUACGUAUCAUGGUACAUUUUUCUGCCAUACAAAGGCAAAAAUGUAUGCAUAACAUAGUGUUAACUCCUUAAAAAUUAACAUUUACACUAUAUAUAUUUAAUUCUACUUUUCUUAGUUUUAUUUUAGCUUAUGGAACAAUUGGUACAUUUUAAUACAACAUUCAAAGUUGGACCGUCAGCACUGUGAACUACUGUUGUAUUGUAAUUUGAAUUGACUUACAGUAACUACAUUCACUGUAAAAGGGCAAUGGCUCCCAACACGACUUGAUGUCAUCAGUAGAGUAUAAGCUAUGGGUUACCUCAUCAUUUCUACAACAACCCACUGUGAGCUCUUGGGUUUUUUUAUGAAGUAAAGUGCUAUUUUUUCUAUUUACAGUCAUGUUUUGAACUGGGUUACUUGAACAGAUAAGUAACACAAUUUGACAAAAUAUUAUUUAUUUCUGUAUCUUUAUGCUUCUAGUUUGAUUCUGUUGAAUAAAAGCAAGACAAUAACCCUG